AGCCGUUAUCAUUGAGUAUGUAGUAACGAAAUACUGGAUAAAUUGUGUUAUAUGGCAAUUUUAGAAACGUGUUACUUAUUUAAUACAGAGUAUUUUAUAUGUUUAAAUUGUGAUUUUGAGUUAAAUGGUACUGAAACCACAUGAAUAUCUCCAGAUAGAUGGCAGCAACUGUUUGAUGUCGAACAGCUGAUUGUGUUUUGGAAGCGUAUCCCGAAGUUUAUCUAAUUACCAACUGUAAUGAUCAUGAAGAUACCAGAUGGCUCUGGAAAUGGCUACUAUGGUCACGACUCUUCCGUUAUUUCGUAUCUGUCUGACAGUUCAGAUGUUGGCAAUGGUGAUGAUGUGGACUCACCAACAUUAGAUGGUGAUUUUUCAGAGUAUAUGUGGAUGGAAAAUGAAGAAGAAUUUGACAAGCAAGUGAUGCAGCAGUUGGAAGAAGAAGCACUCAUGGAGCAGUGCAUAGAAGCCAUGUUGGAAGAUGAACGUGAAAUACGUAAUAUUCACAAUCAAGCAAUUGCAGCUAACGGUGUAGAAGUUACAGAUAUUCGCCAGCCAUGGAGCACUGGCACUGACUACGUCCAGCCCGCACUUGCUGCUGAUCUGUGUGAAACCAUGGAGAACCUGUCUGUCCAAGAUGAUUUAGCAAAACAGAGCACAUUGAACCCAGAUGCAGCUGAAUUUGUUCCCCAGCAACAAUCUGCAGUCUCGUCUGGUCCAGAAAAACCGCUUUACUCGGAAACAUCGUAGAAGUUUCCGAGUAAUGGCUUCACCUGAUACAGAGCAACAGCAUUUCAUUUGGUAGGCUGUGAGGGAGUCCCUGGAAAUGAACUUCAUUAGUCAUUGUGAAUAUUUCACUCACAUCUCCUAUGUAUGCGUGCGUGUUCCAGUAUGCAUGAAUGUGUGUCAUGUGAAUGUGUGCAUGCAGGCCUAGAUUUGUUUGCGUGCUCGUGUGUCUAAAUGCAGUAUUUUAAGGUUGUUACAUUCAUUUGCAAUCUCAUGCAAAUGAAUUGCUGGAGAUGCACCACCAUUUUCAUUUUCUAUUUACAUGUUAUAAGAGAUAUAUUUUUUUUUAAUCUCAAAAGUGCUUAUUAUGAAUAUCUUAGCGUGGAAAUUAUGAAAUGAUCUAGAAGUUUAAAGCACUUCAUAUUUUGUACUAGAUUCGUAUGUUAAAACAUACGCAGAUUUCCGUAAAGACCAUUAUGUAGAAAGAUCUGAAUUAGUAAUACAUAUAUAUAUAUAUAAUUGGAAUUUCCACAAUUUAUUUCAUUAAAGACAGUGCGAUGUUUAAUGUACAUCAUUGACUUUUACAGUGAAAGAGAAGAGUACAAAUUAAUGAAAUUAAUAAUACUCAGUAAGUGUGAGAGAUUGGAUGUUUAGUUAAACCGAGGUUUAUUUUGAUUUCACAUUACUUUGGAUUGGUGUUGUGGGUUGUCAUAACAUCAUUUACAACAAUGACAAUGUUGUUUAUCAUCAUGUGCACUUCUGUAACUUAUCAAAUGCUUAUGAUGUUAGUUAAGACGGAAUUUUGGAUUUGUUUAUGUAGUUCAUGUAAAAAAAAAAAAUUAUCUAUUUUCUUUGCUGUAAUUCAUGACUCAUAGCUUCAGCCAUUGGUGUAUUAUAUUUCCUCAUGCUGUGAAAGAAAAACCACAAAUUUCUUUUCUUUAUUUUUCAUUUGAAGAUAACGUGAGACUUUAUGCAUUUUCAGGAAUAGUUGAGCCAUUACAGAUCUCAUGAAUAUUUUCUGCAGAUGUAUUAUUAAUUAUAUUUAUUGUUAUGUUUGUUUAAACCCCAAAAGGUUGUGCAGUUGGUAUGGGAGAGGAAUGCAGCUGUAAGCUAAGUGGAAUAUGUGAUUAUAAAUUAAUUUCAUGCACCACACAAUAAUCUGGAUGAAAUAUAAGUUAAAAUACACAAAACAUUCCCAUCAGUA